GCCUGCCCCGCCAUGUUGUGCUGGUAUUUUGGUUUCGCUUGGAUCGGUGACGGCCGCGGGUAGGAGCGGCCCGGCCGAGUGGGUGGAGCCGGCCGCUAUCGGAUUGGAGACGUCGGGGAGGAGCGGCGGUGACGACAGAUUUCUUCUGAAUAUGGGAGAUGCGGCUGAGAGGACCAGGAGCAGGAGUCAAUAACCUGGGAAGAAUGAGUCAAUCUGAGAAAAUGCCUGAUGGGACACGAGAGCUUUGCUAUGAUUGAGGCUUGCACCUUUGAGCCAACACAGUGCCACACUUGACAAGGCAGAAUACGAAUGGCCCAGGCAAGUCAACAAAUUGAUAUUCAGGUUCUGCAUGACCUGCGGCAAAAAUUCCCUGAAGUACCUGAGUGUGUUGUCUCCCACUGUAUCCUGCAGAACGGUAACAAUUUAGAUGCUUGCUGUAAGUUCUUGUCUCAAGAAAGCACCAAAUAUCUUUAUGGAGAAGGGGACCUGAAUUUUUUGGAUGAGUCCAGCAUUUCUGGGCUUCACAAUCACAUGUCUGAACUCAAUCUAGAUGUCCAGUCCCAGAAUGUGUAUCAGCGUUGGAAGGAAAGGAAUCAAUUGAAUGGAAACAGAACUGUGCCUCAUAGUGUCAGUGACGGGGCGCUUCCAACUCCUCUAACUAGCUAUGAGCCUACACAGCAACCACAGGUAACGCCAACACAGUUGGCUGCAGGUUUGAAUAUGUUUGGAACUAUGGACAUGAAUCGCAGCCCAUCUUCAACACAGCAACUUGGACUUCUUCAGCCAUUGGGCUCCAAGGGAAUAUCGAGUACAGCCCAACAAAUGCCCAGGUUCAAUCCAAUUACUGUCACUCUAGCUCCCAACCUUCAGACUGGUCAUAAUACUCCUACAUCUUUGCACAUACGCGGUGUGCCUCCGCCUGUACUUAAUAGCCCCCAAGGUAAUUCUAUCUAUAUUAGACCUUAUGUGACAACACAAAGCAGUUCAAACCGCCAGAUGUCACAGCAGCCUGGCUGGAUAUCUGGGCAAAAUACCAGCAGUCCUCAGUACAGUCAUAAUCAACAGCAGCAGCUCUUCCAGGCUCCACAGUACUCUCAACCACAGCAGAUGGAACAAGUGGCAGGCUUCUGUGCCCCUGUUACUUCACAGUGUGGUUCAGCAUAUACCUCAUCCCAACAAUCUGUACACCCAGGCCAGCAAAACCAUCAGACGUCUCAUGUGUACAUGCCCAUCAGCUCCCCCACCACGUCUCAAGUUCCCCCUUAUCAGUCUUUAAAUAAUGCACAUCCUUCAAUUUACAGUCAGUACAACAUUCAGAACAUCUCAACUGGGUCACGGAAAAACCAAAUUGAGAUCAAACUUGAAUCACCACAGAGAAGUAAUGCAACAAUGCUGCGUCCCUCCAACUCUCGCACAUCCCCUUCACCUUCCAUUAGCAGCCAGCCCGGAGGCAGGAGUCAACCCACAGUUUACAUUUCGGCAAGCCCUCCAUCGUGUGAGGAGAUGGUUGGACGCAACCAGCCGAAGCUCUAUAUCUCGGCAAAUUCUACAUCCGGUGAUGAGCCAGGUCUGCGAAAUCAGCCUACUGUGUAUAUAUCAGCAAACCCAAGUUCAGCAUCUUCCUCCCGAAGUGCUGCAGGACAGAUUAGCAUGGGCCCACAGCAGGGUGCUUUCAUUCAACCAGCCUAUAUCCGACAUCACCCACCCAAGAGUCGGAGUGCAGGCAAUUGCAAUACUGCCACUUCUCCUCGAGUGGUGGUCACCCAACCCAAUACCAAGUACACUUUUAAGAUUACAGUUUCGCCAAACAAGCCACCUGCAAUUUCCCCUGGGGUUGCAUCACCAACUUUUGAACCUUCUAACCUCUUAAGCCUGCCCGAUCAUUAUGUGGAGCCUGAACCUGUUCAGCAUUUGCAACUAGCAACUGAUUCUGCAUCAACUCGUGACAAUCGAAUCAGUGAGAUGCGAAGGAUGAGUGCGGGAUCUGAUGAUGCUGCCUAUACAGAAGCUUUACUAGUGCAUCAGAAGGCCAGAAUGGAUCGACUCCGUCGAGAACUUGAGCUGGAGAAAAGAAAGCUAGACAAACUGAAAAGUGAAGUUAAUCAGAUGGAAAGUGACCUUACCCAAAGACGCAUGAAACGAUCAAAUUCGGCUUCCCAAAUCCCAUCGUUAGAGGAAAUGCAGCAGCUGCGAAGCAGCAACCGCCAGCUGCAGAUCGAUAUAGACUGCAUAACCAAAGAGAUUGACCUGUUUCAAGCUAAAGGACCACACUUUAACCCCAGUGCUAUCCACAAUUUUUAUGAUAACAUGGGAUUUCGAGGUCCUGUGCCACCUAAACCGAAAGAGCAGAAACCUGCAAUUAAACCAUCAAAACCAAUAAUUGAUCCAGAGGAGGAUGAAGGGGCUCAAUGGAACUGUAGCACCUGUACCUUCCUGAACCAUCCAGCUCUGAUUCGCUGUGAACAGUGUGAGAUGCCCAAGCAUUUCUGAGCCAUAACGCUCCCAGUGAAAGAACGAAUGCCUCAACAGAUGCUGGGAUAAAGGAAUUGUUUACAAAGACUGUAGUAACUAGCAGAUACAAUGCUGGAAAGAAGUUUAGUAUGGACCAGGUGGUCUUUUUAAUGGAGAUUAUUAUUUCAGCACAAAGGUUUUUGGGAUUGAACGCACAGCUUCAAACUUCAGUCGAGUGCUGGGGCCUGAGCUACUACCAGGUUUGCCAAUACCAGAUACGCCUUUACAAACAAAACAAGUUUUUCACAAAGCCACAUCUAUAUGAACUGCUGUGGGUCUUGAUGUCUCUUCUGACAUAUCUUCCACAAUUUCUUCCCAAGAUGCAUUUUUUAAGGAGAAAACAUGUAACAAUUCUCAGGAUGCUGCAGAUGGAAAUGAUUCAAUACAUUUGAUAAGUAGAAGCAACCGAAUGAGCUGUAAGAACAGCAGAGGGCAUUUGUAAAGCUAGACUUAAAGGAGCACCUGAGAGUGGGUGGAACAGAAUGUGUGCAUCACUAAUAGACCUCACUGCUCUGAUCACCUUUCUGCUCCAGAACUUUCUUAAGAUUCAGCUUUGGGAUGACCAAGUGCUCCAAUGUUUUCUGCAAUGCAUACAGUCUACUCUUCAAGCUUCCUGUACUGAGCCGUACAGAUCCGGGAAGUUCCAGGUUGACUCCUGCCUGUGUGCUCAGUUAGCUCAGGUCAGUAGGGAUGCUGCAUGUACGAGAGAUGGUGAAGAAACAUCAACAAUUGCUGCUCCUAAUUCCUAUCUGUUAACCCUUCUGCUGGAAAGAGAGGAUGCAUACUCACCUGGUGAGAGCAGGUUAGGGUUUGGUUAUGAUGACUGGCCAACUGGCAUUCACAUGAAGAAUGGGUAAUCAGGUGGACUAGCACUGGUGAAACCAUGUGUGCUGUUACCGUACCUUAGAGGAGGCGGGGAGAAAUUUGGGGAGGAGCGUUUCUUCUCUUUCUCUCUGUUCCUGAGUUUCCUGUAUUACCUGUAUGUAUCAUGCUUUAGACUUUGGUAACUAACAUCAUUUGAGCGGUUUUUAGUAAAAUCUUUUGUCUCAAUCACCUGGAUACCUAUGAGAAGUGAAGCCUUAAAUUAACUUAAGAAAAACAAAGCUAUGUAUAAAGCAGCUUUCAGUGGCCUUUCUGUACAGCAUUUCUAUAAAUUAUGCUCUUGAAGAGACCUGCAAAUGCAGUUUCCAAGACAACAGUGCAAUGUUCAUGUGUGAAAUAUAUAUAUUUUUAAAAAUGAUAUGCAGUGCUUGAUCACAACUCUCCUGGCACUGUAUAAUGACACAGUGCUUAAGCAUCGCUUUCAAAGUAGGAAAAAAGAAUUUGAGGUGAACAGCUGAAGUUUUUAAUAGACCAGGUACACUCAGUUGCCAUAUUGUGCACUCUUUACGUCUAAAUUGCCUGUUAUUUCAAUUUUUCUGAACACCAGGUUCCUAUUUUGUUCUAUUGUUUAUGUUGUUAAAUUGGCCUGACUUGAUUCUAAAAUUUUUAGUACAAAAGUUUUACAUUACGAUUAGAUUAUAUAUAAAACAAUUAUGUUGUCACACAGUGGUCUGAGCUUCAUCUGCAGGUCUAAAUGAAAAUUGACUGGUUUUACGUUUUAUUAAUAAAACAUAAUGGGAUAUCUUAA